GAGCUGCACAGUGUGAACCAACGGGUGCAGACGGCCGGCUGGCGCUUGAUGAUCAAGGGAGCUGAGGAUGCGACCCUCCGCGCUCGCCUGGGUCGCAGCGGGAAGGCCGUAGCUCUGAAGCUCCAGCGCCGGGGCGAUGCCGUUUCCGCGACGCAACUCACCCGCUUCCUUGACCUCGUGGGCGGUGCGAAGCCGAAAGCCCCCGAGCAGAAGGAGGGGGUGAUGGUCGUCGCGCCUGCUGGUGGCUACCAGGCUGCCCAGGACUUUGCUGCCCGAGCAGCCGAGCGAUGGCAGGAGGAAUCCACUGCCGCUUCGGUGCGCUUGGAGCGGGCCAUUCAUCAGGACGAGCCCAUGGAGAUCGAGAAGGCGCUGCACAAUCUGAUCUCCAAGAUGCGGCGUAAAGACAUGAACUGGCGCAGUGUGGAGGAGGCCGGCGUCGGCCAGCUGCUCCGACAGCUGACCAGCUUUGAAGGAGACGGCGAGAUUCCGAAGUUAGCUCGCAAGGCGGUCUUGGAGGUCACAAAGCUGCAGCACGCCGACUUCUAG